GGAAGGCUGACAGGACUGGUGCAGCCACUCACCACUGUGGUGCCCAGAGGUGUCUGUCCCUUGCAGGAGUGGACUGUGUCCUAUUCAACGAGGAGUACAUGACCUGCACAUGGGGGAGCAGAGAGACACUCACAGCCAACUACUCACUCUACUACUGGUAUGAGAACAGUUUGCCCGUGGUGGAGUGCAAGCAGUACCUGCAGGACCAGGGUGUUCGUGUUGGUUGCCACUUCAACGACAAUGAGAUCCUCCAGUUUCAGCAUUUCCACGUCCUUGUCAAUGCCAGCCUCAGUGGCAGGAUCCUGCAGAUUCCCAGCAAGCGCAUGGAGCUGCAAAACUUGGUGAAACCAGAGGCACCUGUGAACCUGACCAUCCACAACAUGAGUGGCAACCAGCUAGAGCUCACCUGGACCUCUCCAUACAGCAAAGCUCACUGCCUGGAGCAUGCUGUCAAGUACAAGAGCAACAAGGACACUAGCUGGACGGAGCAUCGGGUUAAAGGAGAGAUCUUCUCCUUCCCCAGCGUGGACUAUGAGAAGUACUACACCUUCUAUGUGCGCAGCAAGAUCAACAGCUUCUGUGGCAACACCCAGCUCUGGAGCGAGUGGAGCAUCCCUGUGGUCUGGGGCAGCAACUCUACCACCAAAGACAUGGCAGAGGAGCAGCUGCACUUGUUCUGGAUCCACACGGUCCUGAUCCCCGUUGCCUCCUGCCUGCUUUUGCUGAUCCUUGUGGUCCUGCUGGUGCGCAUGGAAAGGGUGUGGGUCAUCCUGAUGCCCCGAAUCCCCAACCCUAGCAAGAAAUUUGAUGAGCUCUUCAUCACCCAUAACGGCAACUUCCAGGAAUGGGUUGGAGUCCCUAAAGAUAUCGUGGAGAGUUUCAAACCCAACUACAGUGAGAGCAUCUGCUAUGUGAGUGAGCUGUCCCCCAAAGACAGCUGUGAGUCCAUCUGGGAGAGCAGCAACCUCUCGCUGCCGGUUCUGCCUGGGGCUCUGGCUGCCCCUCGUGAGCACAGCCCCUACAACAGCAGCUACAUGGGAAUGUGACCCCUGCGCCCCACGCACUUUGCACCCCUGCUGCCUGAAACCUCGCUGCCCUGUGGACCUUACUGCCUGCUCCCACCUUGCCUCUGCCUAAUGCCUGGGAUCCCCAGUCCUGCUCUGCCACGCCACGGCGGCUGUGUUGCGCCGCAGCGUCCUGGGCGCACUGCAGGCUGCUCGGGCACUGCGCGGUGCAAUGAAGGUACUGCUCAAUGUCCGUGCUGCAAUCCGUGGCGCCGUGGGUGCGCUAUUUGUUGCAUACAUCUGAUGCGCUGGGGGCAGUGGUUGCCGCUUUGGGUGCGUUGCAGCACACUGGGCACAGUGCCCCACGGCUGGCUGGCUGAUGGAAAUAAAUUUACUCUUUGCA